AUGAACCGCCAUUUCUAUGGGGCCUCUCACGGUAUUUCGCUUCAAAGCUUGCAGUCCUCUGCGAGUUACGAGGAAAAGCUGGCAUUGAGUAAGUGUCAGUGUCGCUAUUCGUUUGGCUCAAGCCCCUCUUGCAAAACUACGAGCGGAAUCUUCCAGCCGACUUUGACCAUAAGCCCAAGAAAAAAAGAUCUUUGGAGGUUUUCUAGUCAAUCUACCCCCAAAAUCGUCGAUGGGAGUCUUUAUAUCGGCCGAAUUUUUACAAUGGUUGGACCGCUGGUGCGCUGGGAACAAAUUGCAAGGCUGAUUGAGAGCGUACGACCUGGAAUAUGCCAACACUUGGAAUGUGCAGCGUCGCUACCGCGAUUCUGUCGCCAUGACCGCCAGGCCUCGAAAAAGCCCGUGGAUCGACGUCUUUACAUCGCUUCACUGACGGGUAGGUGGGGGGAUGUUUUGGAGGACCUCAGGUCUGAAAAGUUCAACCCAGAAAAAGGAUCAUGCUUAUUGUGCGCAACCGACUACGACAUCUCGCUCGAACAAGAUAUAAACGAAAAGGAGUGGCACUUUACCCUUCGUACAUAUCACUGCCUUGGGCCCUGUCGGACUCCAAACGACCAACUCUGGGCUUACUUCACCAGUGAUUUCCAGGAUGCACACGGUUUCUGGGGAACCUCAUCUGAGAGAAACAGCGAGCUGGAAGAACUUCAAUCUCGCCACUUAAAGCUGGAUCAUGGAGGAGCGCGUCGAAUAUGGUACGGGAAAGAUGAAUCUAGGAUAUAG